CUAAGUAAUUGGUUAUCCGAUCGGGUAAAAGUAACGUGACGUCACGCAAGGUGCGCAAUUUCGAUUAGAAAGCGUUAUCGAACGAGCGAGGCUGUAUUCGAGUCACUUCUCGAAGCUUCCGGAAAGUGCGCGAGCGACAGUUUGUAUAUAUUGCGUGUGCGACCUCUGUGGCCGCUUAGUUCAACAGAAGAAGUGAUUGAGUGAAGACGUAAUUUUUAUCUACGAAUAUCCUCUACGAGGAGUUUUCUUAUAUAUUUUUGUUAAGUUUUGUUUACUCCGAUAUAAGUGAGUUGAUUCAUCGAGAGACGUUGUUUCAUAAAAACAAUCAUCAAACAAAGAGUCUAGAAGAAACAUGGGAAAGGAUUACUACAAGAUUCUAGGCAUAGCCAAGGGCGCCAACGACGACGAGAUUAAAAAGGCCUACCGUAAACUGGCCCUCAAAUACCAUCCGGAUAAGAAUAGAGCCGCGGGAGCCGAGGAGAAGUUCAAGGAAAUCGCCGAGGCCUACGAGGUCCUGUCGGACGCGAAGAAGCGCGAGGUUUACGACAAGUUUGGCGAGGAGGGACUGAAGGGAGGCGCCGGAGCGGGUAGCGGUGGUGGCGGUGGCGUUGGCGGUGGUACCACCUACACCUUCCACGGCGAUCCUCGAGCCACCUUUGCCCAGUUCUUCGGCACUGCCUCGCCCUUCCAGGGCUUCUUCGAGUUCGGUCCCGGAGGCGGCAACCGCGUGUUCGGCUUCCAGGACGACGACAUGGAGACCGACGAUCCCUUCGGCCUUGGCAUGAGUGGUAUGAGGCAGGGUGGUCCCGGAGGCCCCGGUGGUGCCUUCCGCUCGCAUUCAUUCAACUUUGCCGGACCAACAGGCCGCGUCGCGAGCAAGGACCGAGCCCAAGAUCCCGCAAUCGAGCACGAUCUGUACGUCAGUCUAGAGGACAUAUUGCGGGGCUGCACCAAAAAAAUGAAAAUCUCGAGAAGGGUCAUGCAGCCCGAUGGCUCGACAAAAAAGGAGGACAAGGUGCUCACAAUAAACGUCAAGCCUGGCUGGAAGGCUGGAACGAAGAUUACCUUCCAAAAGGAGGGCGACCAGGGCCGAGGCAAGGUGCCCGCCGACAUCGUCUUCAUCAUCCGCGACAAGCCUCAUCCUUUGUUCAGGAGAGAAGGAUGUGACAUCAGGUACUCGUGUAAGAUCUCACUGAAGCAGGCGCUCUGUGGUACCGUGAUCGAGGUGCCUACUCUCACGGGCGACAAGAUCCCGCUCAACUUGACGAGAGAAAUCGUCAAGCCCAACACCGUGAAAAGGAUUCAAGGCCACGGGGUGCCACAUCCCAAAGAACCGUCGCGGAAGGGUGACCUGCUUGUCUCGUUUGACAUAAAGUUUCCAGAGUCGCUGUCCCAGAGUGCCAAGGACAUACUAUAUGACACGCUGCCAAAUUGAGAGGGACGCGCGAGCGAAGAGACCAAACAAGAGACAAGGACAUAAUGAUUGCCUACAGAGGCAGGCUCGUUCGUCCUCGGUGUUUGUUGUGUGACGACUGUCGCCGUUGUCGCCUAGACUUGUUGCAGCAGUCGCAACAAAGACUCGCCAGCGUGUAAAAAUUCACUCUUGUUAGUUUAGCUAGUUUUAAUGGUUUUUCUCUUGGCUUUACCGGCCUGGAGAGAAUACUUUUUCAUGAAAAAAAGCCUUUUCUGUACUUUUUUUUUUUUAUAGGACGAUUCGACCGCUCACUUUGUUAUGUACAGAACGUAUAUUCUUCGAUCCCUCAUACGAUUUGGAUAUUAUUAUUAUUAUUAUUAUUAUUAUUAUUACUAUUAAUUUUUAAGUGAAAGCUUGAAUUUGACAGCGUUAAUUGUAAAAAGAGUGACUGCUGAACUAUUUUGAUGUGCUAAGUUAGGCAAAUAAUAUAAAUUUAGAACAGUAAACUGUUUGCAAUGUAAAGAAAAAAAGUGCAAGCGUAUGCAUGCCGAGUGGAACGUGUGCUCAUAACUAUAUGUAUAGACAAGUGCAGCAAGUUGCUCUGAGCAUACAAGUGCUGUGUGUAAUCACUGAUGUUAAGUGAGUGGUAAAUUUGUGAUGUGUGAAAAAUGUAAUUACUAAAAAUUUACUGUCUAUUGCACAACUACAAAGUGAAAAAGGUCAUGAUCAAUUUUAUUUUAUACUAGUCAUGGGAUUUUUUUUCCAUAUUUCAUAUAUAUAUACAUGUAAAAUGUCAAAUUUAACUUCUUAGUAUAGACUGACUAGAAAAAUCAUAUCCAUUUCUUUUUUCUAACUUUUUAAAAAGUCAAUGACCUUUUUCACUGAAGAGUUUCAGUGUAAUAUCAAUUAAAAAGUGUUUGCAAUACGUAACCAAGGACAAAAAAAAUUAAGUAAUUGGUUCAACAAAUCAUGUGUGUAAUACAUAUGUCAAUAGUGAUUUUUAAUUUUUCUGCUGAAAAACUGUUCAACUGUAUUUUCUAAUGAACAAAAAACAAAUUCAUUAAAUUAUUUCACAUUCUA